AUGGCGCCAAAAAAUGGCAACGGCGCCGCGCCGAGCAACUCGCGCGAGCUCGUGCGCACCGGGCCCAAGGAGGUCCAAAUCAAACAUCACCCUAAGGGCAAGAGUAUUCGCGACGCCGACGGCAACCUACCUACCACUGCACGCGCACUAGUUCUCAGGAAUGGAAAACAUGGAGCUAUGGGCGCCGGAGAACUUGUCUUGACGAAACAUAUCGCUGGUCGCGAGAAGCUGGAUCUUCUGGGAGAGGAUCUGGCGACCCGAUUCGAGAAGGCGGACAAGGAGCUCAUGCGACCAUUCAAUCUCGAACUGGCGAUGCGCAUUGCGGACUCUCAGUUCAACAUGUACCUCGACGACGUCCUCGACCUGAAGACUCCUGAACGCUUCUAUACGUCCAUGGUCAGGGAGAUGAAGUCGCGUCUGCCCGAGAGCAAGCAAGAUCCCAACAUGCUACAGGAUCACGACAAGAUCACUGACGCAUUGGCGAGCAAGAUUCACAACUCGUUCAUGCUUGCGUCCAUUUGGCGGAUCAUCCGUGAUCGUACCGAGUACCUCGAUAACGUCGGUUUACACGAUGACAACGUCCGUAUGCAGCUCCUCAAGAACGAGGAGCUCAGGAUUGACUAUCUCGUGCUAUACAACAUCGUCUCGAGGCUCACCGACGCCUUACAAGUUCGCUUCGCUCAAGCCGCUUCUCGCUCGGCACACUUCAGCGAGUAUCUCGACGCUGUAAACGCCACAAAGAACGGAGAUAAUCCCACCGCGGCUUUCAAUUGGCAAUCACUCAAAAAAUCCUACAAGAACUUCGUCGACUCGAUCGUUAUCGAGCUGUGUCUGCCUGGUACGACGUACCCGAAGUACGUACUUACGGCGUUGCUGGAGGAAGCUAUCCAGGAGUCGCCGAAGGAAGCGAAGCGCUUUCCGCAGGCAAUGUUCGACGUGCUGGGUGAUUUCUCUCAAGCCGUACUACUUCUCGAGAUCCUCGAAGCGCCCUUACUUGCGCUGGGUCGCGAUGGCAAGAAGUACAGAUCGAUGGAUCCCGAGAUGCCAGAAGAGUUCGCGCAGUGGGAGGACCAUCAGCCGUUCUCGGAGCACGUCCUCAACAUCAUUUGCGAUACGUACGCGGACAACCUGAUAGUCCCGCUGGAGAAGGCUCAGAGGAAGCAUACCGUCGAUGUUCUCUGGAAACAGAUUGACCAUAUUACCGAAGAGAACUAUGGCGUGACGUUCUGGCAACUUUGGUGGCUGGAAGACGUAUCCCGACGUAUCUCACACUGGGGUCUCGAAGCGAACCCGCAGAAAGGCGCGCUCGUCAAAGGCUCGAAAGGCGGAAAGAAGGGCAAGUCCAAGCCUCUCGCGCUCACGAACGGCGAAGAGUCCGACAACGACUCGAUGCCAUCACUCGAGACCGUAUCCGACACGUCUGAGGAGGAGUGGGAAGAAUCGUCGUCGGAAGAGGACAGCGACGAAGAAGAAGAUGAGGAGGAUAGCGACUACAGCGAUUACGACUCUGACGAGGAGGAGAUGCGACAUAUGUUCAGGGAGGCUAUGGACGCUGCGCACGAGAAUCCUGACUUCUUCGAUCCGACGAAGGAGUUGGACGAGGGCAUCACGGCGGAGGAAAGGAAGGGCAACCCGUUCAUGAAGUUGCUCGGGAAUCUCAGAGGGCGUAUGUUCUCGACGAACUCGACACUGAAGACUACGGAGAAGAAGGUACCGUAUGUGAGGACCAAGCAGGGCCCCAAGCCUAUGCCGCCCAAGCCCGGCACCUUCAAGCCUCCAGGGUUUACCGGCAAGACCCAAGCGCCGCCCAAACCUACGGCGACAGGAACCAAGGCGCACAAAGUGACAGUGGAGGAAGUUGAGGAUGAAGGCGACGGCAUGGACUCCGCGAGCAAGAAGAAGAAGAAAAAGAAGAAAAAGAAGAAACCGACUACCACCGAGUCUACACGCCCCGUCACGCCUCCACCUACCACUACAUCCGCGCCCACGACGCCGAAGAAGGAAGUCCCAAAGAGUCCUCCGCCGGUACCGAAGAGCCCACCGGCUGCGCCGAAAUAUCCGGGUGUCUCGGACAACCAAUGGGCGCACAUGAGCACGACGUCUCUUAGUGGUUCGACUGCGGAGUCAGCGCACUCGUACUUGCAACGCGAGGGCACGACGGAGAAGAUUAAGGUCAAGACGCGCAAGGAGGUUGCGGACGAGCAGCCGGAGGAGAAGCAAGGAUUCUUCUCGAAGCUCAAAAGUCGGUUCGCGGGCAGCAAGAAGGAGACGAAGGACAGGAAGGAGGAAGUCGACGACAAUCAUCGACUUGAAAAGAGCUUUGCGGCACUCGGCAAGAAAGCGGCUCUACAUAUGAGCUACGUCCUCCAAUCGAAGGAAACCGUCAAGAUCGUGCCUUUACGCUGGACGGAUUUCUGUAAGAUGAUGGCCGAAAUGGGCUUCACGAUGGACGCUUCCACAGCUGGCUCGUCCGUGCGUUUUGAUCCGCCCGAUGGGACGACACGCUCCAUCUCGUUCCACAGACCCCAUCCCGAACAACAUAUUGAACCGGUCACUCUCCGUUUGUGGGGCAAGAAGCUCAAGGAGUACUACGGUUGGGACGAGGAGAUCUUCCUGAAGAGCGCCAAGAACCUACCGAAGUAA